CCGCGCGCAUCAGCAAACUGCGGCAGAUGGGGAAACUCCCACUGUUACGGGCGAUUUACUCCAGUAAGAACCUCGCUGCCAAUAGAUUGUAGUUUACGCUCGUAUACGACCGGCGAGCCGCGCAUGAACUGACCCCCCCUCCCCCCCCUCCCCGUCCGGCCCGGUUCAACAAAAUUGCGAUGGCACCACCACUCAUGCAACUGCUCGCGCAGCCGCAGCCGCCACUUGCUUGCCCGCAGCUCGCAGCCCCACACCAACUCACGCAGCUCGCUCGCCGCUCACUUGCUGCUCGCUCGCCGUUCGCUUGCCGCUCGCUUGCCACUCGCUUGCCGCUCACUUGCUUGCCCACAGCUCCCUCAUUGGCCCGCCUCUCUCUCGCUCGCCCACAGAUCCCUGUCUGCACCAGCCCACGCCUGCUCAGCGCCAGCCCGCGCCGGCCCGCGUCAGCCAGUCAUUAGCCACUAGCGCCGGCUGCCAGCCAUCGGCCACCAGCCGCCAGCCGCCAGUUGCAAGUCGCAAGUGCCAGCCCCCAACUACAGCCGCCAAUGUGCUCUCCUAUUGCCUUAUGCCUGGGCUUCAUGCCCGUCUGCGCUUGCUCCUCCUGGUAUAGUCUCUCCCGCUCACUUCUCCUCGCCUCACUAGCUCAUAUCCUUGCUAUCUGCUGCCAUGGCGACCCCGCCUGCCUCUGUCCUCCGCCUGGACGUUAAGGGCUUCGCACUUGGCUUCUUUGGCUGGCUGGUUGCCCUCCGCCGCCAGCUCAAGUCCAUUCGCCAGGACAGCCAGGCCCUGGUGGCCCAUACUUCUGGUACAUUGCCCGCCCCCCCCAGAGACUACUCCUCUUGCUGCUAACGUGACCUCCGCGCAGCGAGCGGCGCACGAGGCUGCCCUGGCUGCCUCCUUUGUCUGGGAGUCCCGCGAUGCAGUUGCACAAUUGGUAGUCACUAGAGACCUUCCCUCACAAGAGCAAACCCACUUUGAGACUAUCGAGGCUAUUAAGGAAAGCUUGGACAUAGUUGUCGCUUGCUAAUCUACCCGGUCCUCUCCUACCCUAUGUCGUCUUCUGUUGCCGUUUCUUUUCCCCGACCUUGUCUCUUUCUCCACUGUCGCGGACCUAGUCACGUUCUUGCACUCCCUUGAGGCUCGCUGGCAUGCAGCCUACCCCAAGGAUCAGCGCACCACCCACUUCCCGCCCAUCUACAUGACCCUGUACCUCCUUGCCACCCGCCUCCCUGGCCGUCUCGCCCCUACGCGAGACGCUCUCCUCGCACAGCCCCUCACUACCCUCACUGUCACUAAGUUCUCCACAGCCAUGACUGUGGUUAAGACACACCUCCGUGCCAUCGUUGACACCAUUGGCACGGGUUGCUCUACCCCCUAGCUCUCUGUCUCUGGGGCCUUUGCCUCAGUUGUGGAGGUCACGGAGACAGCUGCGGCAGACACCACGCCCAAUCGUUCCUCGGGUUACAGGGGCAAGGGCUAGGGGGGCAAGGGUCGUGGGGUGCCAGCAGCGGCGGGUGGAGGGGGUUCUGUGGCGGACUGAGAGGUCGGUCAGACAGAGUUGGGGGCUAUGCAGCAGCUGCAGCAGCAGCAGCAGCAGCAGCCGCAGCAGCUGCCGUGGGGGUCGGCGGGCCCUGGGAGUAGUGGUCGUGGUAGAAGUCGGUUGAGGUUGGGCCCCAUGGCAGUUGGUGCCCUUGGGGUCACGUGCCUCCUCUGUGGGCCAGGGUGCUGGCGGUCCAGGAGGCUUUGUGAUCUGUACAUACCAACUGCUGACCAGCCCCCAGGCCGGCCAAGUCUGCGGGCGCACGGGCCACCCCGCCGCCCGCUUCUACCACCGCUUGCACGACCUGUACCGCCGCCAGUUUGGACUCCAGCAGCAAUUAAUGGGCUGGCCCUCUCUGCUAGUUGUGGUAUUCAGAUAUUUGAUCCCGAUAUGGUUCGGAUAGGACAAACCUUGUACUCCAUGUACAUUGAUCAUUCUAGUUUUGCUGGUUCCUUUUAU